AACAACAGACAGGGGCUAAGUGCUGUGUCUGCUGGGAAAGAUGCCCAAAGGUGUUCUCUCCUUCAUUCGUCUUUUUGUGCUCUUACUCAGUUUCUGUGCUAUUUGUCUGGGAGCAUUUUGCCUUUCCACAAGCACUUUGCUAUGCAAGUGUGGAAAUAAGCAGCUGGCUGUUUACUGUCUGUUACCUCUGGGGUUCCUGCUCCUUGUGACUGGCAUUUGCUGGAAUGCUUUCCAUGAAGCCAUCAAAUACAAGGGCCUCAGCAACAUCUUCAAUCGAAAUCCCAGCCUUAGAGAGCUACGUGUCAGCACCAUAGACAGACCCGAUUUCUACCCCCCAUCUUAUGAAGACAGCACAGAUCCUGAAAAACAGACUUUCCCACUGCCAUUUGCCUCCACGCUAAAAGACGAAGAAGUCUCCAGGCUCCCUCCGCCUCUGUACACCGAAAGCAGCACGGAGUUCAUCAGCGAGACCAGUGGACAAGAGGAGCCACCACCGUACGAGCUGUCUGUGCAGGAGCCACGGCAGCAGCAGACGGAUGAGCAAGACUCAGCCGCCGAAAGAGUGUCUAGCACUCAUGCACCCACACAAGAAAACAGUUGCUGACAAGGCACAAACUGCCCUGGGACCCAAGAAAGAGCAAAGCUGGUCAGAAAUUCUGGGACAAAGUCAGUGGGUAAAGUCCCAAGUUUGUGAAGUGGGCAAAGGUGGAAGAAGAUGGGUGUCCGUGCUCCCUAGUAUUGCACCCCUAGAGCAAAACUGCCUAGGAAAAGCACUGAUCACCCCCAUGUUUGAGAGGAGCUGGACGCCUUAUAAGGUGCGUGGUAUUUUCAAACAGAACGAAGUUUUCAGGCUUGCAGAGGAUUUGCUAAACCUAUGGAGUGCCACCAUAAUGUCGUUAUAACACUUGUUGUAUAGGAGUAAAUUCUUCGGCACACAGCUCUGCAUAACUGCCUUUAUCAUGUAGAGCUCUGGCAGCGCUCUGAAGUACUGAAAGACAAGGAAUAUUUUUGUAUCAUAAGUCACUGAAGCUAGCUGUUCUGUUUUGGUGUGGUAUAAUGGGUAUUUUACUAUUGCAUCCAUGAAUAAAUUUUGUAUUUAA